UUUUCUCGGUUCUUCUUUCCUACGUUCCGAUGGCCGAUCCCGCGGCAGAGGGUGCCACCGAUCUGCCCCGUGAGACGCAGCAAAAGCUUCCCGAACGAAAGCGAGGCGACCGAUCACGCAGCCGAGCUCGAGGACUUCCUCUCCUCCAGAUCAGGUGUAACGGAACUGUCGAUGGAUAAGCCAGAGUUCGAGGAAGACGUGGAAGACGAGGAAGAUGAAGAAGAUCACUGGAAGGACGCGUCGCCCAUCACGCCAACCUGCAGUCCAACCAAACACCCGCCAAAAUCGAGCCAACCUGUGAAAACCGUGGAGGUGGACGUCCACGAGUUCCAGCCGACCAGCCCUCUGGACGAGAAAGACGUGAUCAUCAUCGACAGCGGCGCCACGCCGCCUAGCAAGAAGCUGGCCACGAGGUACAACCAGGUACUGGCCACUGGGCCGGAGAAAGCGACGCCGAAAGUGAAAUUAAAGCGGGAGACCAAGGUGAUAGAGUCGGAGGAACCGUGUGAAAAAGUGCCUGAAACCGGGAAUGUGAGGAGAGGAGCCACGAAGCGGACAGAGUCGACGGAGAAACAAGGUCCCAAAGAGGCAGUGGAGACAGAUGGGAUGGAGAAGGGCGCGAGGAAGAAGGUUUUGAGGAGGAAGGAACAGGAUCGGAGAUCGUCGAGGAGAAAGUUGGAGGAGAUCGAGGAGCCAGCCUCGGAGGCUUCUAGAACGGAUGCUGACGACUCUAGGCGGAGGAGAGAGUCGGAGGGCGGUCUGGUGAGAUCCAGGGAAGAGAGGAAGAGCCUGAAAGAGCAGGAGUGCAUAGAACGAGUGACGGAGUUUCUGACGAAGCACAGCGUGCUGAGUUACGCGGAGACGAUGCCAGGCGGCGAGAGGAGAGAGGAGAGAGAGCUGGUCCAGUCGAGUUUCGUAGAAGUGGAGCAGGAAGCGAAGACAGCCGAGGAAUCGUCGGUGAGAAGGUCCGAGGAGCAAGUGAAAACUCCGUCUUCUGUUGAGUCGGAGAGGCGAGUUCCAGUGUCGAUUAGGUUAACGACUGAUAGGCCACAAGCCGCCGUGGAAGAGGCGAAGCUGUCGGUAACGAGUCCGGAGACGGAGGCGCCGAGAGAGACCAAGCGUCGAAGCUCGAUGAGAAAGAGACCCGGUGCGUUCUCCCGGGAGUCUUCGAAGGAGUCGUUGCUGACUGGAGACGAGACGAAGAAAGAGGUGAGGAUACAGGAGAACGUGGAGGAGAUAUACUUCGAGGACACGAGCGAGCACACCAGCGCCAUUCUGCCGGAGGUUCAGCUGGUGAAGGCUAGGAUAAUCACAGCGGAGGAGGCGGCGGCGAACCGAGUCGAGGAACCGACGAGGAUCGAGAUACACUCGCCGCCGGAAGUGGCCGUGGUCUCCGACUCGGUGAGAGUGAGGACCGGACGGGUGCCGUCGCCGGAAAUUUUGGACACGUCGCAGCUGCAGCUGGUCAGCUUGGCCAAGUCCACGUCCGAGAACACUUUGAUCGAGAGAACGAGCGAGGAGAACAAAGUGUCGGAGAGGAACAUCAAGGCGGAGAUAUUGCUGGACUUGUCGAAAGUGUCGGAAGUUGGUGACGAGGUGUUGGAGACGGAGUCGGAGGGGGAGGCGAGGGAGAGAAAGUUGAGCAGAACCGGUAGCGAGGGCUCGAAGAGGGGCGAAAGAGGGUUGAAAAGGACGAAGUCGAGGGAGCGCGAGGGAGAGUUUAAGAUUGGCAGUUUGGCGCAGCCGGACGAGCCGGAAUUGACGAUUCUGUUGGAGGGCACGGUCGCCGAGAGAGGCAGGAGGAACGUGAUGGACGAUGACCGCGACAGUUUGGUGGACUUUGGCGUGGAGAAGAUGAUCAGGAGGUCAGCGGAGGCCGAGUCCGAGGCUGGUUCGCGGCAAACAGCGAGGAAGCGUCGCGAGGACUAUCAGCAAGAGGACAAACAGCAGGAAGAUCGCGAGAGAUCGUACUUUGAGGAGAAGGAGGAGGAGGAGGAGGAGGAAGAGGAGGAGGAAGAGUCAGAGUUCGGACGGGAGCACGACUGGACGCCGGAAUCCAGGGAUUAUGAGAAAACUCUCUGGCAGCAGAGGCGUCCGCUGCUGCUGGAGGAUACGGUCUCCCUCAGGCAUCAGGAAGACGACAGCAGUCUAAUCAGCAAGGAACACUCGCUCGAGUACCAGAGCCAGACACUAGAGAGCCAGUCGGAGCGUCUGCUGCUCUCCGCGUCCUUGGAGAGCCUGCUCAGAUCGGUGCCGGACAGCUGGCCGAGUCAGCCGUUGGACAGAAGCGUCGGGGAAUCGGAGCGUAGCUUCAAGGAGACCCAGUACUCGCCGAACGAGAGACGCGACGCCGAGACACAGACUGAACAGGAGACGAAGAGCACCCAGUGCAGCCCGGAGCAGAGCGUCGUCAGCCCGUCGGAGGUGUCGAAGGACAGUCCUCUGCAUCUGGCGAGAAAGUACUAUCAGAGCCCGCGCAGGGAGGUUCAAACGCAGACGCAGGGCGAGAGCAAGAGCGUUCAGUGUUGCCUGGACGAAUUAGGCAGCCUAUCCAGGCUACCGGAUCUCACUGACUCGUUCGACAGCCCGUCCAAGUCCGAGAGGAGCUACGUGAAGGAGUCGAAGAGCGUCCAGUGCAUACCGGAGGAUAUCUCGACGAGCCUCGACAGAGCGUCCGCGUCGGAGAGUGUCGUUCUGUCGUACGAUCAGGAGCCGACCAAGAGCCCGAGAAGGGAGGUCGAGGUACAGACUUAUCAGGAGUCGAAGGCGAUCCAGUGCAGCGAUGACGAGCUUCUAGAGGAGCAAUCGCCGGGGAAUAAGGAAGAGAGCGCGAGGAGAGUAGCAGAGAGUUCGGGCUCGUCGAGCUGCGGCGGCUCACCCUGCGGCAGGCUUCCGAUUCUGGUGUUCGUGGAGGGGCGAGGCGUGGACAUGACGGUCACGCAUCGGGAUCACGACGGGAACGUGAGCUGGUCGAAGCACUGGGGGCCGGAGCGGCUCGUGGAGAUCCACAGGGAGCCGAAGACCAGCCUCGGAUUGAGCAUCGUCGGCGGAAAGGUCGAUCUGCACAAUGGCAGCUCUAGUAAGUCACAGAAUAUAUCCGGGAUAUUCAUAAAGAACGUAUUGCCGAACAGUCCGGCCGGAAGAACCGGCGAGUUGAAGAUCGGGGAUCGAAUAAUCGAGGUCGAUGGCGUGGACCUGCGGCAUAGUACUCACGAGAGGGCGGUGGAGGUUAUACAAGCCGCCGGAAAUCCUGUCUGCCUUCUCGUCCAGUCUCUGGUGCACCUGAACAACGAGCACGACGGCGAGGGGGAUGGAAUAAAGCAGAACGCCAGGAGCCGAUUGCCUGGAACACCCACGGCUUCCUUCCGUCAAAAGGCCUCGCCAGUUUCACCCAGGUCCAGCACGCCGGAAGUGACACAGGGAGGUAUCGAAGACGGGGAGAAGCAAAGUAGUUCACGAUCAGAUUUCAGGAGACAGAGUACAAGAGCUUCAGAUGGCGCGGGACCCACCACGCGAAGAUCCUCCAUGAAAAAGUCUAUUCGCAAGAAGGCGCCGUCACCGCCAUCCAAUCCGGGCAUACUGCGCGAGGUGAGCGAGGAGAAAGAGGACAAUGCAUCGAAACCGGAAGAGCCGCCAAGACGGAAGUAUUCCUCCGACGAGAGCUCCGAGGAGGACACGCGCGAGCUCGAGGGCAACGUUUACACGAAGGCUGGCAUGGAGAUAUCGAGGAAAAGUGCCGGAAAUGUGAAGCGUUCCAAAGCGGAGAUCGAAGCGGACCCGGAGAACGAGGAUGAGUUCGGUUAUACUAACAUGAAAGUACAGAAGAAAUAUCACUCCCUGGGGCACAAGGUGAUACUAGUAAAGGUGGAGAAAGACAGGCGCGGUUUAGGUAUUUCAUUGGCCGGGCACAGGGAUCGAAAUCGAAUGGCAGUGUUCGUUUGUGGCCUUAAUCCAAAAGGGGCAGCUCACAAAACUGGCGAGAUUUCGGUCGGAGACGAAAUACUUGAGGUGAACGGCUGCGUUCUGCAAGGACGAUGCCACUUGAAUGCGUCUGCCAUGAUCAAAGGAAUGGCUGGGACGUGUUUCAAAAUCGUCGUUUUAAGGAGGACUGCUGCCAUUGACGAUCUCGCCGUUAAACCCAUCGUUCAGUUCCCUCCAACGCUGGAAGAUUCUGACAUGUUCAGUCAGUACAAAGGAGUACGCAACAUACCAGUGAAAAAGGGCCAAUACGGACUGGGUAUAAUGAUCAUCGAGGGAAAACACGCGGAAGUCGGCCAAGGUAUAUUCAUCUCAGACAUUCAAGAAGGCAGUGCUGCAGAACAGGCUGGCUUGCAAGUGGGUGACAUGAUCCUCGCUGUUAACCUCGACUGUCUGCUGGGCUCGACUUACGACGAGGCCACGAAUCUUCUGAAGAAAGCAGAGGGCGUCGUUACGCUUACAGUAUGCAAUCCGAAUCAAAGUAAAGUGGCGAAAGAAGAAGAAGACAGAGCGAAAGGCAUUAUUCCCGAACCUGAAGCACCAAAGGAGCCUGAAAAGCCACCGGAACCAGAAGGACCGCAAGAUCCAAAAGACUGCAAGAUUAUUUCUGGCAGGGAUACGACGAUAGAGUUUCAGAAAGAUAAGGACAAAGCGAUUGGCUUCAUUGUAGCUGGUGGUUCCGACACACCACUGAAAGGGGUGUUCAUCGUCGAGGUGUUCCCGGACGGAGCGGCCCACAAGGACGGACGACUGCAGCCUGGUGAUCAGAUACUCGACAUGUGUUCUCAAAGCUUCAAAGACAUGGAGCACGAUCAAGCUCACGCUGCGGUAUUGAAGGCUUCAGGAACUAUCACAAUGUUGGUGCAUCGACCCCCAUCUGACAAAGGUGAAGAGAUAAUCGAGGUUGAAUUACAGAAGAAGUCGGGCAAAGGAGCUGGCCUCUGCUUGACGGGAUACAAGAGUGGAAAAGGAGCAUACGUGUCAGACUUGUUGCCCGGUGGCAGCGCUUUGGAAAGUGGGAAGAUCUGCAAGGGCGACCGAGUGGUGGCUGUCGGCGGCCAGGACGUUCGCGAAGCUCCCGUGGAGGAUAUCGCUGUCCACGUGAAAGUUUCCAACCCGGUGCAAUUGAAGCUGGCUAGGUUCAAAUCCGCUAAGCAAUGACAGGGUUCUGCAGGCGGAACUCGGAAAGCAAGAAUUCCCACCAGAAACCACGGACUCUAGUGUGAUAUAACUGACUAUACCAAAGUAACUAUAAAUACCGUAUAUUUACCGUAUAAGUAACGCUAAUUCUAGAGGAAGGAACAAAGGGAAAUGCAAUUAUACGUACGACGGUAUACAUAUAUAUUAUAAAUAUAUAUAUAUCUUGAAUCUGUGACACGAUUCGAACAUUUCAAAUCGUGUUCAGAUCGAAGGAUAUUUCAGAUCUAGACAUUUCGAGUGUCUCACACGCGAUUUUAUAGAGAAAAAGAAAAGAAAAAGAUGAGAAAAAGAAACACACUGUCUCGAUAAUUAUCUAAUAUAAAAAAAAUUGAUACGUCUGCGCGAUGAUUUAUCGACGAUCCCGAAAGAUUUCGUUUGCCACGGUUCAACAUCCGAGUAGUCGAUAGAAAUACUUCGCGAGGCCCGUUAUAUACACUUAUUAGACUUAAUAAACACAGAGUAUUUAUGCAGUUAGAGCGAUAUUAUAUUAUAUAUAUUGUAAUAGCCACGUGGACGUGUAUCACGGUGAAACGAGGUUCGCGAAAGAGGUUGAAACUCGUGGAAAAUUUAUACUUAGAAAAAUCGACUUUUUGAAGAAAAAGAAAAAAAAAAAAAGAAACAUGAAGACAAUGAAACGUUUUCUCUGUUAAAAUCUGUUUCUCUGUCAAUUUUUAUUAAUAUAGAGAAGCUGUUUAAUAUACUUCCGUUGACAAAGAAGAAUUUUGCGGAUUUUGAAUAAAAUAAGAAACAGAUUAAAUCGAAGGUAAAUUCAAGGAAAGAAAUUAGGACGAAUAACCUCGAGAGAUGUUACUAAGGAAAUCUCUCUAAUAUAUCCCUUGAAAACUAGUAAACUAGCAAACAUGAAUCUAAAGACACAGCGCUGUAUGAAUAUAUUCGAUAAAAUCGAAUGAAAAUAUUUGGAGGCCGAAGGUAUGUAUAAUUUAUCAUGUAGGAGGUAAAUAUUCGAAAAUAGAAUACUCUAGCAAUUAUUAAAAAAAAUAUCAAAGAUACUUAAUGAAAAAAAAGAGAAGAAAAAGAUUUAACGAAACUAGAAAAUUUAAACAGUUUCAGUUGAUCUUGCUCGCGUUAUUAAAAUAGAUCCUAAAAGAGAAUUUACAUUUGUGAAAUGGUUAUAUGAAUGGUUAAUAAAAAAAAAAAAAGGAAAGAAAGAAAUAUCUCGAGUAAAUUCAUAAAUCUAGAAUAAUUCUGCAAGCUCCGGAGAAAGGAGGAAAACCGAAAAAUGUCAGAGAGAUCGAUCGAUAUGUUUUCAGGAGUUCCCACCUCUUUCCAGGCCAAUUCCAACCGUGUCUUCAUACGAACAGAGAUAUCUCGCUUGUACGUUUCGUAUCACUUACGUUUAAGUUAGGCGACUUAGGGACUUAGGCUAGCGAACGAUCGCGCACGACCGACCGUAUCGAACAUUGUCGAAACGCGUAACAAACAGAGAAAAACAAAACGCGAGGAAUUAACAUCGGAACGUUCGUUCGAGGAAACAAAAGAAAAGAAAGAAACAAAUUCUAACUUCCUUCGUGAUCGAGUGAUCUAACAAAGAACCCUAAUCUAACUUGAAAAGAAAAAAAAAAAAAAGAGAAAUAAAAACCCGUGGGUUCGAUGAAACGAAACACGAUUGAGCCUCGUUGCAUUUUUAACGACGUGGCGAUCUUUUCCAAGGAAAAAGAAAAAGAAAAAGAAGAGAGGAGAGAAAUGUUAAAGGGAUCGUUGGAAGAGAGACGACGAUGGAUUUGUUGAGAGGUUAGACUGGCUUGUUGAUCGCGUAUAGUUCAAUUUAUCCUAUUAUCCUAGUCGUUAGCGUAGAGAUCUCCGAAUGAGCGAAGAAAAAGCUUGAGAAAUUCAGUAUAGAAGUAUUACGUGGAAAUUAGGGAGAACGAGAGGGUUUCUAACCCUGCUGUUCUCUUCGAUAUUUUUUUUUUUUUUUUUUUUUUGAUCAUCGUGUAUCGUUGAAUGUUUCCUUUUUUGUCAUGGUUUAUUUAUAAGAAGAGUGGAAUAUUCAAAUUAACUCUCAACUGGUUGAUCCGUUGAAUCACGUUUUUUUUUUAAGGAAAAUGUCAAAUGCGAAAUGAAAUUGUUACGUCUGAGUCUCGUUAACCUAAUAACCGAACCAAUAAUUCUGGAAUCUAACAGUCAAGUCGAUCUUGCAUAAUAACUGUACUUGAGAAAAGAAAUCGUGCAUAGAAUUUUUUAUUCUCAAUUAGUACUCGAUUAAUAAAAAGUUCAAAAAGGUUUUCGUGAAAUAGAUACGAUUUGGAAAGAUUUUUACAAAGUCCAACACCAGCUAUUGAAAAUUAUUGGUUCUAGUGAAAUUAUUCGAGUCGAAUCUUUUCACUUCAAUUGAUUUUCGAAAAUGUAAAAUAUAAAAAUGAAAUCAAAUAUUUGAUCAAUAGGAUUAAUUAGAAAAAUUAGCGUUCGCCGAGGAUGAAAAUCAAAUAUUUUGAAAGCGUCUGUUAAAGAAUAAUAAUUUAUUUUAUAACCGACCCAAGGGGAACAGCAGGAUUAAGAGAGCGUAGCGAGACAUUUAUGGUCGCGAUGGCCGAUUUCGCGCGAACGUUCCCGCUCGAAUUUAUUUCAGGAAUGAAUAUCGAGCUUAAGGUGAUUCGAUUUUCUUUUGAACUCGAUAUUCGAGUGUUUGAUUCGAUUCGAGCGGCAUAGAAUUUCACUUGCCUCAUACAGCACGCGAACGUUUUAAUGUUAGUUGCGUCAAAGUGUACAUAUAGGGUGAUUCAUUUUCGAAUGAUGAAUAAACGGAUCAUUCAUCAUGCACAAUUGGAUGUGGUGAUUAUUGGCGAAAUUCGGUGAAUUACGAGUCGCAAGUUGUUAGUUAUUAAAUUCACGUGUGAAGUAUUACAAAAUCACAAAUUAUUCUAUUUGAUUCGUAACAUUGCAAAUUAUUCCAUUCCACGUGAAUUUAUAAAAUUAUAAAAGAGAGGGAAACGUGCAAUCUGUAACUUGUGAUUUGCCUUUAUAAUAUAUAAUUUAUUUAUUAUAUACUAUAUAAAAUACAUUAUAUAUAUAUAUAUAAUAUUGAUUGAUAAAUUAUUGCGCAAGGAAUCCAAGCGAUGAAAUGUUAAACAAAAAUCAUGGAUUUUCCCAAAGACAAAAAGAUGUGAUUUAAUUCAACGAAAGGUGAAAAUCUGAGAAAGUGAAGAAAUUAAAUUCCCCUCUCUAUUUAAAAAUAAAAACAUUGGACAAAAGACUCACGUGGUAAAUUUUGUAGCAAACUUCAUUGUAAUUAAUUUCGAGACGUCUUAAUUUAAUUUAUUAUUCGUCCGAUCGUUGUUCAAUCAUAAUUCCAAUUCUUCCAAUUUUUCUUCUGUUAGUUCAACGAAUCAAUUACUAAUUACACCGAUACGACUCGUGAUUAUUAUUGCAUCGGCAUUAAUUUCCAAGUUUCUGACUUUCGUCUAGUGCGCGAAAUCCAUUUGAAACGGAUCACCCUGUAGAUAUCUAUCUGUCAGCGUAUGCACCGUAAAAGCUAGCUGUGUUCAUUGCUUUUGAUUUCGAUGCAACCGAUAUCGAAUUGAGAUAUCGAGGCCACGUCCUAGCAAGAUAGUCAAUGAAAUAGUAAAAGAAUCGUGGGAACGUUGAGUCGUACGUUGCUCGUAAAUAACAAACACCUGUUUAUAUAUAUGCAUACACAUGUACGUGUACACACACAUGCGUAUACGUACGCUUGUCGGCUGUAAGCAGUAUCGCGAUAAGUUCAUCCUAAUUUAUUGAACAUCUCGUCCGGUUUCUCAAGAUUGUGUUCCCUUUUGUGGGAAAGUCGUGACUUUUCGCCAUUUCGGCGAAAUAACUCGAAUAACUUCGGAUUAAAUAUUUGGAAAUUUCGGAGCUUGGAAAUUUAGAGAGUUUUAGAGAAUUUUAAUGCACGAAAGAUUUCGGAAGACUCGAAUGCUGAAGAAUUCGAAGGUUUAAAACUUUAGAGUAUCCAAAGAAAGAAACUCUGAAAUUCUGCAGCUCGAAAAAAUCCCUAAGUUUAAUAUUUCGGUAAGUUCAGGGAAGGUUAAUCUUAAAAAUUUUAAACUUUAAAAAUCCUCCAAUUGCCAGUGAAAUUUUAAACUUGAAAAUUUUCCAACUUCCAUUAAUAAUAAUCAUUGGCUCUGCGUCUAACUGUUGACCAAUCAGUGUACGUAUAUGCUGUCUCGACUCACGUUGGCAAUCGCUUUUCUUAUCGAAGCACGGAUCGAAAUCAAAGGUAAUUCGCAAGGAUAACCGUUGCACCAAGCAUUCGUGAUCGUUCUGUUGGCAUGUUGCAAAACGACGUCAUGCCAUGAUGGCGAGGCAACAUCGAUUGUAAAAUAAAAAUACAAAA